AUCUCCCUCUCCCUCUCUCAGGGCCGUUGUUCCAGGGAGAACUGUAAGUACCUGCACCCCCCUGGCCACCUAAAGACCCAGCUGGAGAUCAACGGCAGGAACAACCUCAUCCAACAGAAGAACAUGGCCAUGCUGGCCCAGCAGAUGCAGCUCACAAACGCCAUGAUGCCCGGCACACAGCUACAGCCUAUGGUUAGUCUCUAUGACCUGGUCCAAGACAGCAACAGGUUCAGUUUACAUCAACCUAUGUUCUCUAUGGCACCAGGCCUGGCCACCAAUGCCAGCGCGGCGGCAGCCUUCAACCCGUACCUGGGCCCGGUAUCGCCCGGCCUGAUGCAGGCAGAGAUCAUGCCCAGCCCGCAGGUCCUCAUGGCAGGCCACCCCAACCACGGCCAGGUUCCCAAUGCUGCAGCCGCAGCUGCACAGAAACUCAUGAGGACAGACAGACUGGAGGUGUGUCGUGAGUACCAGCGGGGCAACUGCUCCCGGGGGGAGAAUGACUGCCGCUUCUCCCACCCCUCAGACAGCACCAUGAUCGACACCAACGACAACACGGUCACCGUGUGUAUGGACUACAUCAAGGGCCGCUGCUCCAGGGAGAAGUGCAAGUACUUCCACCCUCCGGCCCACCUGCAGGCCAAGAUCAAGGCUGCACAGCAUCAGGUGAACCAGGCCACUGCCGCCGCAGCCAUGGGGAUCCCCCAUAGUGUCAUGCCACCCAUGCCCAAGCGGGCAGCCCUGGAGAAGCCUAAUGGGGCUUCUGCCAUGUUCAACACGGGCAUGCUCCAGUACCAACACGCCUUGGCCAACAUGCAGUUUCAGCAGCAGGCUGCCUUCCUCCCCUCAGGCUCAAUAUUCUGCAUGACCCCCACCGCCGGUGUUGUACCCAUGAUGCACGGUGGUACGCAAGCGUCUGCAGCCACCACAUCUGCCACAAGCGUUCCCUUCGCAACCUCCUCAGCCAAUCAGGACUCUUCCUUAUCAAAGUUGACUACCAACGAAUACAUGCAAUUGAUUCCAAUCAUUUCUGCCGAUCAUCUGAGUAGUCACAAGUAUCUGACUCAAAUGUAGUUCGAGUCAAGAACAAUCAAAUGACUGUGUGUUGGCACUGUACAAGUCUAAAAGAGUUCAGCCUUUAUGUCCAUAAUGUUCAGAAUGUCAAGCAACGGACAGGAGGAGAAUCGGUCGUCAUCUCUCAGUCGCUCCGUAAUGCUGUUCUUGUCACACAUGCCAACAUCGGUGUGCCCAGUCGAUGCCAUGACACACAUACACAUACACACACACACACACACACACACACACACCUCCUUGUCCUCCAAGGCAUCACCCAGCUGAGAAGAGGAGUGUCUGUCUAUCCAUGCUGACGGACACUGAAUACAUUCACAAUACACCUGUGUGUUCAAACACAAUUUCUUUCUUACAUUUUUUUUGCACACACAUGAGGCUGAGAGCGAGAUGUUGUGGCGUCUAACGUACAGAAUACUGUGUUGGUACGUCGGUAGACCAAGACAGCAUUUUUUAUUUGUUUUGUUUUUACAUUA